CCUCCUCCCGGCAGCAACUGGACCUCAGGCCUCGUCGCCUCCAGCCUCCAAACCCCCAACAACAACACCAACACGUCCCCCUCCCCCCACGGACACAGCCCCACCACACCCGCAGGCUACCUGACUCCCAAUCGAACCUGUCCUCAGCAGGUCAGCAGCCCCUCCCCUCUGAUUAGCCCUCUCACAACCACCCCUACCUCUUUUAUGUCACCCAGGAUGCAACGGGGCAGUCCUGGGUCAGGAGGGAGCCCUCGAGUACCGGGGAACCCCUUCUCUCCUUCCACGCCGGGCCUCCAAUCUCCAGUGGAUGGGAGUAGCGUCAGCGGGGGGUCAAGCUUCUCCAUGUCCUCUCCGGUUCUUCAGAGACAAGCCAGUACACCCACCGGCUCUUCAUCUGCAAAACCAGAAGGAGGAGGGGGUGGAGAAAGAGGGGGAGAAAGAUGGAGAGAGGACUAUGUUAAAGCCCCCCUUCCUUCUGCCUCACUGCUGGGAAACCCCAGACUCAAUCAGCUCUUGGACAGCAAUGGGAUGGGAGCUGAGUCUAUUAACAACAACAACAACAACAACAGAAUCCAUCGCACCGCAUCACCUCAUCCUCCGAACCCGCCCCCCUCAGCCCCGCAGUGCCCGGCGUCCCACAGCACUCUGACGGAGCGACACAAGAUCCUGCACCGGCUGCUCCAGGACACCAGUCCCAGCGACGCCUCCACGGAGGAAGGACUGAACAAAAACGACGUUGAGAUCAAGAAGGAGCCGCCUGCCAGCCCGGCUCUGAACGCAGCCAAGGCCGGAUCCAGAGAGCCUCAGGACCACCAGCUGCUGCGCUUUCUGCUGGACACAGACGAAAAGGAUUUGGGAGACCUGCCUCCUCCAUCAGCUCUCAGCCUCCAGACGGUGAGGGUGAAAGUGGAGAAGAGAGCCAGCGUGGACGGAGGACCCUGUGUUUCUGCAGCAUCAGGAGGAGGAACGUCUAAAGCUCCAGGAAUCUGCAUCAGCCCCAUAUCCAGUCCUGUGGGAGAGAGGAGCCGCAGAGACAGCAGAGACUCCACGAUGUCUGGAGGUCCUGUUGAUGUGGACCCUCUCUCUCAGCUGCUGCCUGGCCUUAGAGGGGCCAAACAGGGCAGUGAGGAUCCAGCCCCCCCCUCUCCGGCCCCCCAGCUCCACUCUCCGGCCCCCCAGCUCCACUCUCCGGCCCCCCAGCUCCACUCUCCGGCCCCCCAGCUCCACUCUCCAGCCGCUCAGCUCCAGUCCCCUCUGUCCCAGUCCCAGUUGAAGUCUCCGUCCCCCCAGCUCCACUCCCCCUCCCCACAGAUCAGACUGCAGUCCCCCACUCAGCUGCAGCCCGGAGAGAAAAGCACUACCCGCAACGUAAAUGUGAAGCGAGAGGCCCCCGGCACCCCUAACCCCCUAAGAGGUCUCAGUGAUGGCGGCCUGCAGAGUCGGACAUCCUUUGAUUUCUGCAGCCCUCCCACUUCCAGUCAGACCCAGAACCAGGGAGACCCCUUCCAGACCCCCAAAGACAGCAGCCCCUUCCCAGAGGCAGAAGUCAUCAACCCCUUCAGUUCAACCACUGGCCUUUCUAAAAUGGAUGCGGGAGACUCCCAGUUCCAGGCUCUGGUUCUGUCUGACGCUUUGUCCUUUGACGGUCUGGGAAUACAAGCUCCCCUGGCUUCACCUCAAGAGCAGUGUGUGCCCUGUACUCUGGAUGAAGUGCUCGGACCCCCCACCACACCUGAGGGCCGUAACGAUGAGAAAGCUCUGUUGGAGCAGCUGGUCUCCUUCCUCAGCGGCACCGACGAGAGCGAGCUGGCUGAGCUGGAUAAAGCUCUGGGUAUCGACAAACUGGUGCAGGGUGGCUGUUUUGACCCUAACCCUCCGACCUUCAGCACCCAGCAACCCACUGCCCCCCCCAGUCAGAUGGACCCUAAACUCCCUUCCUACCCGUCCCAGUUCACCGCAGCUCCACAGGCUCAGUUUCCUCCAGAGCUGGUGGCUGCGGGGCCUCAGGGUCUGGGGUUUGGAGCUCCUCGAGGGGCUUUUCCCGGGGGAACGACGGGCAUCGGGAUCAGACCGGGCAUGACUCGUCCUCAGGGGGGGGUCCCGGCGCUCAGACUGCCCCCCAACACUCUGCGUCUGCAGCUGCAACAGAGACUGCAAGGACCACAGCAGCUGCAGAACAGGAUGUCAGGCAUGACGGCGUUUCCUGCAGGAACCCCCCCGCAUGUGAACAUAGGGAUUCGUCCGGGGGUCCAACAGCCUCAGAUGCCCUUGCAGCAGCCUCCCCUGAACGCCCAGAUGCUGGCCCAGCGUCAGAGGGAGCUCUACAGCAUCCAGCACCGUCAGAGGCAGAUGUUCCAGCAGAAAGUCCUGCUGAUGAGGCAGAACCUGGCCGUUGCUCCGACUAAAGGUCCUCCAACAACGCCUCAACCGCAGCAGCAGCAGCAGCAGUUCAACUUCCCACCAGGGUACAACAGCCCAAUGACGGGAAAACCCCCUACCUCACCGAGUCCCUUCAGCCCCCUGUCCCCCGGGGCUCCUCUGGACAACAAGCUGCCCGGCAGAGUCCCUUUGAGCAACCCCGCACUGAUGAGUGGCGUUCAGGGCCAGUUCAGCAGCUCCGUCAACGCCUCGCUGCAGCAGGGACUGUUCCAGCAGUUCGGAGGGGCCGUAAUCGCCCAGGCAGACCCAUCUUUCCCUCCGGAGAUGAGCCCGACCAGCCCGUUGUUGUCACCUGAAAACUCAACCUCCCAGAGUCCUUUGCUGCAGCAAGCCCCGCCCCCUGGCUACCAGUCACCAGAAAUGAAGAGCUGGCAACAGACCGGCAUGAGCAGCAACAGCCUGUUCAGUGCGUCAGGACAGAGUGCAGGGCAGGCGUUUGGCCAGCAGGGGGUUUACAACAACAUGAGCAUCACCGUCUCCAUGGCGCCCCGGGGGUCAGGGGUCGGAUCUCUACCCGCCAUGGGGCAGCCGGUGGGCCUCAGCAACAGUAACCUCAGCAACGUGGGCUCAGUGUGCAGCGACCAGCAGGUGCAGCAGGUCCAGGUGUUUGCAGACGUCCAGUGCACCGUGAACCUGGUUGGCAGCGACUCCUCCUACCUGAACGCGGGUCCCAUCGGAGCGCUGGCCCCCCAGAAGGGGCCUCAGGGGACCCAGAACCCAGCAGCCAAUCAGAAGAGCCUCCUCCAGCAGCUGCUCACCGAGUGACGACGCCUCAACGACUCCUCCUCGGCCCCUCUUUUACUCUCCUCUGUCUCACUUGUACACCUCGGAGGUCGGAGCACCAUUUGCCGUCUCUGUCUCACCGCUCGGAUGGAACGAUGGAUUCUUUUGGGAUGCUUUGACGCCCAAAUCAGUGGAGGUUUGGAGUCACUCAGCCUCACCACUUCUGGAUCUUGGUACUUCUUUUGAGAGAAAAGUCAGAAGGAGCAGCAGUGUAUUUAAACCUGCCUGUCUAAUCUGUCUGACAACCUGUCUGUCUGCCUCAGCCUAUCAAAAGGCAGUGUUGUCUUGCUGCUCAUUCCUUGGUGACCUACUUCCUGCUUCCUUAACCCGAGGAAAAAAAAACAACUGCAACAUUAUUGUAGAUUUGCCAAGUUGUUGUCACUGUCAAAUCAGGGCCGGGCUCCGUUUAUUUUGUUUCUGUCGCAACAGCAGCAGUGCAUCUUGGGAGCUUUGAGUUGCAGCAUACAGCUGAGCUCAUCAUUUUUAAAGUGUCGGGGUUAAAGUAUCCCACACGGCAGCCCCUCUGGCUUUUAAUUUGUAUUCUUUGUGUUUUGUUCACUCUACCUGUCUCUCAGCGAUGUGGGAAUGUUAAUGUUUCAGACCUCUGUUGCAUUGUGGGAUAGAAGCUCAGUAUCAGCUGGUUCUGUGACUGUCUCUCUCUAUCAGCUACAGUGCCUUCUACUACAUAUUAUUCUAAA